AUGGACAAAACACCGGCCCCCAUCUUCCGCAAGCAGCGUCCACUGAUUCCAUCGUCGUCCGUGGCGCCCUCGUCGUCGCCGGCAUUCGGAACUCCAGUCCAUCCUCCGAAGCCAUUCAGCAUCAAUGCCCCCAAAGCCGCGAUCCUCCCCAUCAUCCUCCCGCCGGCGACUCUCCGACCGCUCGCCUUCCGCACAUUCACAAAGAAGCACUCGCUGACGCUCACUUCGUCUGCGCUGCAGGAGCUUGCGUCCUUCAUCGGGCGACACUGCGGCUCGGGAUGGCGUGAGGAGGGCUUGGCAGAAAGAGUGCUGGAGGAGGUGGCGAGAAGCUGGAAGAAUCGCAAUGGCGGCGUCAUGGUGGAGGGGGCGAGCAAGGAGCUGCAAGACAUCCUCAAGACGCUGGAGGGGAAUAUGAGUGGCGGCAAGAUCAUGGGCCAGGGCAGAGGGCUUCCGCGGGGGGACAGCAUGCUGGAGAUCAACGACAGCGAUACAAUCAACACCAGACUCGGCAUCAGGCCAACGGCACUCCCUCGGCAGGACAGCAACGUCAGCUUUGGCAUGUCUGGAUUGGGGGUGCAAGAGGAGGCAGACGAGGACGAGGACGCCAGCGAUGCCCGCGCCUGGCUCAAGGUCAUUGACGCCUAUGAUCAGCCGCGGCUCCUUUACAACGUGGAUAAGAAACACUUUGAAAGAGAUACGGCCAAGCCCUCAUUACUACCUCCAGCUUCUCACAAAACCAUCGUCUUCCGAAACCGCUACCACGUCAUUCACCAACGUCUCCUCCGAAACGAAUCCUUCCAGACCUCUUCCGUCACUUCAUCCCGUAAACAUACUCUGCAACGCUCGCUCUCCAACCAACAAUCUCUCAGAAUCACGCCCAUCGCCAAUUUGCUCGGUCGGCACGGGAGCAAUCACAUGCUCCUAGGCCAGCUGAAUAUCCUGCCAACGGGAGACCUCGCCAUAAGUGACCUGACAGGCACCAUUGCCCUUGAUGUUUCACAGGCGGUUGCCAUUCCGGAUGAUUCAGCAUGGUUUUGCCCAGGAAUGAUGGUCCUUGUAGAUGGCGUGUACGAGGAGGAGGAGGAAUCAGUUGGUAAAGGCCUGAGCGGCAGCAGCGGCGUUGGAGGCACUCUUGGUGGCCGAUUCCAGGGAUUCUUCAUCGGACAGCCCCCUUGCGAGAAGCGUAAGUCGACUCUCGGCAUCAGUGGGCUCGAUGGGACCGAUCAUGACCAGACCAUCGGGGGAGGCUUCGGCUGGAUCGACUUCCUCGGCGUUGGUAGUGAGCGUGCGGUCGGAUCCAAAAUGCGAAGACUGGAGAGAAGGCUGCUACAGCCGGCCCCUGAAGAAGACAUGCCCUCGCGGAAUCGCGUCGUCAUCAUUGGUGAAAUCAACCUGGACCAGCCGCGAGCCCUCCAAGCCCUCCGCAAGAUCCUGUCAUUAUACGCCGCCGAGCCCGAAGGCACAUCGCCCCUCACGUUUGUCCUGGCCGGCAACUUCACGCAACACGCCGUCAUGGCCCGAGGUGGCAGCGGCGGCAGCAUUGAGUACAAAGAGUACUUUGACGCCCUUGCCUCUACCUUUUCCGACUUCCCCACGCUUCUCCAGUCCUCCACCUUUGUCUUCGUUCCCGGCGACAACGAUGGCUGGGUCUCCUCCUUCACAGGCGGCGCCUCCGUGCCGCUGCCCCGGAAACCUGUUCCUGAAAUGUUCACCUCGCGCAUCCGUCGCGCUUUUGCCACGGCCAACGCCGAAGCCGGCAACACGGGCAUUCAGGGCUCUGCUGUAUGGGCGAGCAAUCCAAGCAGAAUGUCGCUUUUCGGGCCAAACCACGAACUUGUCUUGUUCAGGGACGAUAUAUCCGCCAGACUGAGACGUACAUCGGUAACUCUCAAGCGCAAGCCCGCCGCCGAAACACAUGAUGCACCAGUAGAAGACGAUGCCUCUCUCGAUGGUCCAAAAGAUUUCCCAUCAGCGUCACCUGCUGCCGAGGACGACGCCAUGGAUCUUGACUCGGCCGCCGCUGACAAGCCCUCAGCUGGUACCUCCUCCUCUUCUCUUCCUCUCGACGUAAAAACGGCCCAGAAGCUCGUCAAGACGAUACUCGACCAGGGCUACCUCUCUCCCUUUCGCCAGUCUACCCGCCCCGUGCACUGGGAUUACGCUUCCGCGCUGCAUUUAUACCCCUUGCCCACUGCCAUGGCGCUCAUCGAUACGACGGCGCCGCCGUUUUGCAUCACGUAUGAAGGGUGUCACGUCAUGAACCCGGGGAGCAUCCUCGUGCCUGGGCGGAAGGGCGUUGGAAGAUGGGUCGAGUAUGAGAUUGGGCGGCUGGGGAAGCUGAGGGAGUGUACUUUGUAA